UUGCUGUCUCUCCUGAUUUUUAGGACACUAUAGACACCGACUGGUUAUCUGAGCAUCUUUCGAGGAUCUUCAGCUUGAAGUUUUCUUUCUCAGAGGAGCCCCAGACUUUAUCAUAGAGGGAAAUAUUUCUUUUUGUCUUCAAAAUGAAAAUAGACUUGGAGAUCAGUGAGCCAGUCAACUUUGGCUCUGGAGAUCAUCAAUACCUGGUUCAAAAAGCAGCAAUUAAAGGUACCUCUUCUAAAGUGGAUCAGCCCUUCACACAUUCAUCCAGAGACAAACCACAAGAAGCCAUAAAAUACCCACAUUCAAAGCAUAGAGAUGCUGCAAAUACCUAUGCAGUACAAAUUUCAGAAGACAUUACUCCAAGUGAGAGCCUCACAUCUCCACCCAAUCCCUUCAACGACAUGUCUGUUCGUAGAGGUUUCAUUGUAAAGGUGUUCAUAGUCCUGUCGGUUCAGCUGCUCACCACUAUUGCUGUCAUCAGCGUAUUUGUUUUCUGCAAACCUGUGAAAAAGUGGAUCACCACCGUCCCUUGGUUCAUGUAUGCACUCAUGCCAGCAGUCAUGGUUGUUGUCAUCGUGCUUGCUUGCUGUAGGGACGUCCGACGCCAAGUGCCCGUGAACUACAUUCUCCUGGCAUUAUUCACACUCCUGGAAGGUCUGCUGCUAGGGAGUAUGUCAGUCUUCUUUAAAGCAGAAGAGAUACUAUGGGCAGCAGGAGCAACCACUGUGGUGACAUUAUCGCUCACUUUAUUUGCUCUACAAACAAAAUGGGAUUUUACCUUGCUAAAUGGAGUGUUGUUUGUUUUCCUGGCUGUGUUAACGAUCUACGGGAUUAUCGCAGUCAUCAUACAAUCAUAUUGGGUACAUAUGGUGUAUGCAGCGCUUGGAACACUGGUCUUCUCCUUGUAUCUGGUGAUGGACGUGCAGAUGAUGAUUGGGGGGCACUACCAUUAUGAGGUAGACCCUGAAGAGUACAUCUUUGCCGCUCUGAACAUCUAUGUGGACAUCCUCAACAUCUUCGUGUUCAUCUUGAACCUGACUGUACGAUAGCCAAUGGCCAAGGCUGGCUCAUGCCGAGAAGA